AUUUGAGCCGAGUAUGGAACCCAAAACGAUUGUGAACCACAUAUGUUGGCCAGGUGAUAAUCUAAAUAAAAAUAAAAAACUUUUUUUUUUCAAUGAAUUCAUGAGUGCAGCAUUUAUGUUCUGUUUAUUAGUAGCUACAGAUUAGGGAUAGAAUGCUAAACAAGUCUUCUCUGACCUUUUGUCUUCUCCGUAAUGCUAUGGCUCCUUCCCUUCUUUUUUCAUUUCAGCACCUUGGACAGCAACCCCCAGCGGCAGAACGUCUCUGCAAUCCAAACAUGUUUACCAACUAAAUUGAGCCUUAAGAGGAAACCAAGGGAGCAAUAUACCCCGAUAUGACCCCGACAAUAUAUGUCGGGGUCAAUUUAGUCAUUUAUAGCUCCCCAAACUGUUUGUGAAGAAUCCUCCCACUCUUUUUAAAAUUGCUAAAGUAACCUGUUUCCUCUUUUGCAUUGAUCAUAAUGAUAUGAUAUAAUGUUGUGUGUGAUACUAUAAUAUGGAGGACUUUUAGGUCUGAAAUCACAUGGUAUAUACACAAAAUGAUGACUGUAAAGGCUAAAGAGCAAAAUGCAUCUAAUUACAGACAAUAAAAAAGGUCACGUUUCAGAGGCAAGGAAUUUUAGAUCUGCGUCUCCCUCCCUCUGAUCACACCUGUCACAGGGCUACUGGUGCGUUGUGCUCUAAUUUCCCUUCUGACAUUCACAAUAUUAUCCCUUAAAUAUUGCAGUUUACACUGGUUGUGUUUCCCUCGAUUCUAUCAAUAAAUAUUUUAGAUCAUAUACUUGUGCAAGACAUUGUGUUUAUCUGCUUACUUGAACAACACCUUUUUUUCUCUCGCUUUCUCACGAUUUUCCAUCACCUCUCUCCUUGGGCUAUGACCUUGUUUGAAUACGGCUGUGGGUGCUCGGGCGUCUGUCUACGAGACGGGGAGGAUGGGGUGUGAGGCGGGGGGGAGGAGGGGGGGGGGGCAGAUGGAGGCGGGCACGCCCAAACGAUGGUGCUCAACGAUGCCCGUCUGUUGCUUCUUGAGAAUAUCGUCCUGCGAUUGGCGGAGGACAGUGAAAGGUGCCCAGCGCUGGCGCGCCAUGGGCGGGUGGACGGCCUGUUUAUAAACCCAUGCUCUUCUCGCGUGGGCGGGAACAGUACAAGUAGAGCGUGAAAGUGAAGCGCGGGGAGAAAAGUGAGAGAGGGACCGUGGAGAAGAAGGGUCUGUGGUGGCGGCUGCGGGUGACCGGAGUUCGCGGAGGAGAGGAGGGGUGGUGGGGGGGCGAGCGAGGCGGCCACCCCUGAAAGCCUCUUCAUCCGCGCAUGGACGACCACCUCAGCCUCCUGCAAUCACCCCCGCCGAGCGCAACCAAAAGCCGGGGCAAUAACCUUGUGAACCACGGAUACACGGAGACCGACGUGAUGACCGUUGUGGCGUGUGAUAACAUGCUGGAAGAGUCGGCGGCUCUCCCGGGCCACCACUCUCUGGACCGAUAUGAACCGGAUCACGAAUGCUGCGAGAGGGUCGUCGUCAACAUCUCGGGGUUGCGCUUCGAGACCCAACUCAAGACUCUUUCCCAGUUUCCAGAGACUCUGCUGGGGGACCCCAAGAAGAGGAUGAGGUACUUUGACCCACUCAGGAACGAGUACUUUUUCGAUCGAAACCGACCCAGCUUUGAUGCCAUUCUUUAUUACUACCAGUCAGGCGGGCGCAUCAGGAGACCAGUUAAUGUGCCCAUUGACAUCUUCUCUGAGGAGAUCCGCUUCUAUGAGCUUGGCGAGGAGGCUAUGGAGAAGUUCAGGGAGGAUGAGGGCUUCAUAAAGGAGGAGGAGCGGCCGUUGCCAGAGAACGAAUUUCAAAGACAGGUGUGGCUUCUCUUUGAAUACCCGGAAAGCUCGGGUCCCGCGCGGGGUAUAGCAAUAGUGUCCGUCCUGGUCAUCCUCAUCUCCAUUGUCAUCUUCUGCUUAGAGACAUUGCCGGAGUUCAGGGACGACAACAGGGAUCCGAUCAACAUUGUACCUGCGAUAAAUGGCACACUCCCCUUUUUCAGCAGCCCCUUCUCUGACCCGUUCUUUGUUGUGGAGACGUUGUGUAUCAUCUGGUUCUCCUUCGAACUGCUGGUGCGCUUCUUUGCGUGUCCCAGUAAAGCCACGUUCUCCAAAAACAUCAUGAACAUCAUUGACAUCGUGGCCAUCAUUCCGUAUUUCAUCACCCUGGGAACGGAGCUGGCGGAGCGGCAGGGGAACGGACAGCAGGCCAUGUCAUUGGCCAUUCUGCGCGUAAUCCGGCUCGUCCGGGUUUUUCGCAUCUUCAAACUCUCGCGUCAUUCCAAGGGGCUCCAGAUUUUAGGACAGACUCUGAAAGCCAGCAUGCGCGAACUGGGGCUACUCAUCUUCUUCUUGUUCAUCGGUGUCAUCCUCUUCUCGAGCGCGGUCUACUUUGCCGAGGCGGACGACCCGGACUCUGGUUUCAGCAGCAUCCCGGACGCCUUCUGGUGGGCUGUCGUCACCAUGACCACCGUGGGAUACGGGGACAUGCACCCCGUGACGAGGGGAAAGAUCGUGGGGUCCCUGUGCGCCAUCGCCGGUGUGCUGACUAUUGCCCUGCCCGUGCCUGUCAUCGUCUCAAAUUUCAACUACUUCUACCACAGAGAGACCGAGGGAGAGGAGCAGGCACAGUACCUGCAUGUGGGAAGCUGUCAGCCUCUAGCUGACACAGAGGAGCUGAGAGAGACAUGCUCCUCUUCCUCACUCGGCAAGAGCGAGUACAUGGUGAUAGAGGAGCAUGGCAUCAACAGCGAGUUCAAGCCGCGGAGCAUCUUCCCCACCGCCCCGCAAAACGACUCGCGGAAUUGUGUGAAUAUAAACAAAAAGAUUUUCACCGACGUGUAGCCAAUUAUAGAGCCAUGGCCCCGGAACACGGGAGGGAGGGGGGGGGGGGGGGUGUAAACACAGCUGCUUCUGUCCCUGGACGCUACAGAGGGGAAUCCACGCUAUCAUAUUAAGAAAGAAACAAAGAGCAACCCCUGUCUGUUCGGAGGCGCCGCGUUUUGCUCCAUUCAGGGGAACCAGGGUUUUUCACCUCGGUGAUCCAAAUUUGGAAUUCUUUGUUUCCUUUCGCGCUUGUUGAGAACGAGCUCCUUAACGUAUUAUGCCUAUUAUAGUUACAGACUUGACCUCAUGUGCAUUGUGCAAUAGCCAAUAGUUUAUCACGACGUAGAAGCGUUCUAGGUGUGAAAGGUUAGUACAAAUGUAUGUUUUACUCGAAGAAAACUCACAUUAAAAUGUGUUGUGAGUCGUGAUCCGUCAGCCAUAUAGCCUGCAUUCAAUAUUCAGAAUCAUUUCAAAUGUGUGCGUUUAAAUACCACAUGUAUUGUCUGAAAACACAGUCCUCGAUAUAUUAUCUAAAUUAGAUUGUUCUGUGAUAUGCCUUUAUCGUGCGUUAAUACUGUCGUUAAAGGUAAUCCCCUUGUAUUCCUUGUAUGAACUGUCCCAUUAGAGGCUACAUUUAAACGGCACCAUAUAAACACGGGAUGACGCCGUCUGUCAGUGUCUCGUCAUCGGUGCCAGACGCACCUUAAAAGCGGGAGAAGCGCAGCCUUCUUUCACGCACAUGCAGCAAUCAAAGAUGGAGCUUCCUCUUUGGAUGCCUCAAAUAUAACCCGCUGUGAUGCAGUCGUCAUGGUGACGGUGGUUUCCACGAUAACCCCAGUCACCGUUGCCAUGGCAGCCUUGUUUCCACAGUAACCUUGCAGGUGGCUCGGAAGCUCAUUUGAAGACGAGUGUCUAAAAAGAUUGCCCUUGGUCUUAAAAAGACUGUUCGCCCACCACGCUUUGCGUGCGUAAAAACAACACCAAACUCACCCGGCGCAACAAUUGACAAUCAACAAGCCCACACAACAUUUUCCCGGUGCGCUGUUCAUGCAGAAUGAACAGGAACCACUCAGAGGUGAUACGUCGGGAGAAGUGGAAGAAGAGGCAUCGCGUAAGGAAUUAUGAAUGGACUGGGAGCACUUAGUGGCUGGCUGUCCUAAGUGCACUACUGCGGGCAUCCAGCCGAGGCCGCUGUAGUCCAACUGCUAAACUGGUGAAUGCCAUUCCAUUUUUCUGCACAGACUUUCUGCAACUCCUGACAAAAGCAAUCUACUGCCUCAAAUUGUGGGCACAAUGAUCUGGUCUUCCUUUUGAGCCAGUUUGGCUAAAUUCGAAAGCUGAGACAGAACUCAACUGGACAAUUUUCCUGAUGGCUGACCUCCUGGACUCGAUGCAUACCAGCCCAGAAAUCCAUCAAGAAAAUGACAAGAAAAUGUAACAUAUUCCAUAGCUUUGUAUAGAAGCAGUUUUCUGACUGCUUCUCUUUUGAAGGUUUGUGGAACCAGGCAGUGAAGGAAUACAGCUGGAACUGUGUCAUUGACUGGCAUUUCUCUAUAAAGCUUUCUAUAUAAACUUCAAAAGGAAAGCACAUUUAAUUCCUGAACUUUAGACAGAUAUUUAAAUUCUGUUUUCCUUUUUCUUGGUAAUGAUAUUCAUUACGGACAAAAACAGCUUUUGCGACAAAGUAAAAAGUUGUGACAACUGAGGCCAACCGUGAUUUUCUGAUAUGAAACUGUGAUACAAAGCAAAGACUGUUAGCCAUAUGCCUUUUGUUAGCUCUGUGUGCUCAACACAUCAACACACACACGUAAAAAAAAAAAACAGACCUACAUGUGUGCCAGUUGUAGCUUUUCCUCUGAUCUGCACAUGUAGAACAAUAGAGAAACAUGCAUAAACUGCACACACAAACAUAGGCCCACACACACACACACACACACACACACAGACACACAGACACACAGUCACACAGUAGCCAUGUACCUGUGAGUAGCUCCCUUUUUUCCCAGAGUUCACUAGUGUGUUGUUUUGGGGAUGGGGGAGAAUAAUGUCAGGGGAAAGUUGUGUUUGCCAGUAUUUGUUCUGUGUUAUUCUGUGCUGUCUUAAACAUGUCCGACAUGAAGAGACUCUAAGUUCUAUUGUCAUUGUUUUAUUAUUAUUUCAGUCAAAUUGCUGAUUGAAUGGUAUGCUUUUAUGUUUUGGAGAAUAUUUAGAUUUCAGGCCUUAUUGCCUCAAGUACCGUACUUUUGACUAGAGACCUUUGAAUCACAUGCUUUCUUUAUGUAUGUGACUGUAGAGUAAUUCACUUUCAUCAUACAAUACAACAUUCACUUCAGUAUGGUGUAGUUUAGUAAGUGCAACCUAUUCAAUUUGUUUAUCAUCAUUCAAGGGGAUCAAGGCAUUUCAAUACUUUAACAAUAUACACGACAAAAACAAUAGUCACAUUCUAAAUGAUGCUAUCGUUCAAUGUUAAUGUAAUCUCACAAGAUAAUAAGAGCGUUUGCACCCAUAAAUAUGGUGUUGACACUG